AUGAGGCGGUGGAUGUUCGGAGUGUCCGCCUUGAACUGGUACCCGAACCGGAACCCGUCGGAGGAGAUGAGCAGAACGACGGGGUUUUGGAGCCUGGAUAGGGAUCUCGAGAUCUCGGCGGAGGGGGAGGGUGAGGAGGCGAAGAACAGGAAGGCGAAGGAGACGGCGGCGGCGAUGGAGGCGGUGGUGGCGAUGACGAGAAGGAUGAAGGCGGCGGCGGAGGUGGGGAGUUUCGGCGGAGGUGGAUCGUCGGUGGGGAUCGAUUGGCGAUGGGUGAGUGCUAUUGGCGGCGGAGAUGGGCGGCGGAGAAGAAGCCAUUGGGAGUGGACGGAGGUUGUGGAGAAGUGUGUGGACUAUGAAAAAGGGAGGCGCUGA